UUAAUGAAGUUUAUUAGAAAUUGAAGAUGUUUUUCCAAACUGUUGUUUUUUUGGGGUUUCUUAUUAUCAAUUUUAUUGGAGGACAAAAACGUUGUAUAAACAAGAGGCCAUUAACAGGCCCAAUUCCUGAUACACAAUUGGAGUUUAUGAAUUGUUGGUCAAAUGAGGUUGAACACGGAGCAUCCGAUUUAGUUAUUCUUUUAGAUAGUUCAGGAAGUAUGUACUCGACUGGAUCUUUCCAAGGAGUAACAAUGACUGGGUUCGAUAUUGGAAAAACAUUUAUUAACGCAUUGUUGAGUAAAGUACACAUUUCAUUUAACGCCACUCGAAUUGCAAUUGGUACCUUUGGGACGAAUCAUAAAAUAGAUAUUAACUUUAUUUUGAGACCAGACUAUUCUAUGCAUAAAUGUAAAUUUAAAAAAGAUUUUGAAAAAAUUCGUAUAUACGGAGGAAUGACAAAUUUAAGAGGUGCUCUUCAAGAUUCGUUAAACAUUUUUCGAGAGCUUGAUAGCAAUCCAGACACACAUAAAAAAAGACAUAAAACAAACAGAGUAGUUAUACUUUUAAGCGACGGUGAAGGAAAUGUUAUGGAUAAUCCGAAUGGUCGUGGUGUUACGCAUAAUGAUGGAUUGGCAAGAAAUCCACAUGACAUUGCCCACAAUCUUCGUUUAGGCUUGGUUGAAGUAUAUACAAUUGGCGUAACGUCGGCUCCAGAUAGAGCGGUAUUGGAGGGAUUAGCUACAGAAAAAAAUCUUUUUUUGUUUUCUAAAGAUUUUACUGAUCUUGGUAAUCUCGCUCACAACAUUAGGGGAGAUCCUUAUGAACAUGAUUAUGAAACUAUGGCUGUUUCACAUAGUCUAUGCGGUGAAUGUGAUGAAUAUGCAGAAUGUGGUUGUAACCUUUUAUCAGGGGAUUAUCGAUGUGUUUGUCAACGGGGAUGGUAUGGUACUGCAGAGAAAAAUAUAAAUACAAAUACUUGCUUAAGAUGUCCAAAAGACACAUAUGGAGAUAAACGUGGCUAUAUAACAGAAAAAUGCAAACCAUGUCCGAAAAAUUCACAUACUGUUGAAAGGAAUAUUCCAGCUAUGACCAUCUCAGAAUGCAAAUGCAAUGUUGGUUACAGUGGCACCCCAGGUCUAAAUAAAAUGGAUUUGGACCCAUGCAAAAUCAAGCAUUGUAAUCCAAGUGGAAAUAUAAAUAAUGGGUUUGUUAAAAACAGUCCUGUUUGUAACAACCCUGUUUAUGGUACUAUAUGUCGGUAUGAAUGUGAUCCUGGUUACAAAAUGGUUGGUCGUGAUUUUACAGAAUGCAUAGAAAGUGAAGAUGGAUCUGUGGUAUGGAGUACCCCGAUGCCACAAUGUUUAUUGAUUAGUUGUGCUGCAAAUUGGGUUGGUACCAAGUCAGCUAAUUAUUUUGACCAACAGUGUUCGAAGCAAAUUGAUCAGGCUUACAGUUCAUUUCCAAGUGGAACCAUUUGUACAUUUGUUUGCCAUAAAAAAUAUUACCAGCAUGGUGGAAGUACAAAGAUAACUUGUCUUGAUAGUGGAAAUUGGGAUGAUGAGGUGCUUGACUGCAGAGUAUCAACUUGUCCACGUUUGCCAAAGUUGGACAAAAAAAUUCAAGUUAUAAAUCCACAUCAAAAUUGUUUUGAAAACAUACUGCAAGCUAAUGAACAGUGUAUGUUCACUUGUCCUCAAGGUUAUAGCUUGGUUGGUCCUAAAGUGGUGGAAUGUUUGCCUUUGCAGCUUGAACUAGGAAGUUGGAAUAUAGACACUAGCAUUAAAUCAAAUUUGCCUUUUUGCAAAGAUGUUGAGAGUCCCAGGUUUGCAGAAAAUGAACGUUGCAGCCAAAACAUAGUGAUUAGGAAAUCUACGUUGUUAGGGAAAAGUUAUGCAGAAGUCAAUUUUGAAGAAAUUAAUGUAACUGACAACAGCAUGGAAGAAGUUCAAGUUAUCUGUAAAGAUGAAAAUGAUAAAAACUGUGAUUAUAAAAUGGGAAAUUUAUAUAAAAUAAAUAUUGUUAAAGACUUGGUUAUAAAAUUUGAAGCUAUUGACACAUCUGGAAACAGUGCAUUCUGUAGAUUUCAGAUUGAAGUUAUUGAUAAAGAACCACCUGUAUUGAUCUGGUGUCCACCUAAUCAAAGAAUAGAAACAACUGAUGCAUAUUUAGCUGUUGAUUGGGAAGAAGCCAAAUAUACAGAUAAUUGUGGAGAAUACCCAAACUGUGCUGUUAGAGUUAGACCUUCUAUUUCAAAAGGCAGUACCUUUACAAGAGAUGUGCCUGUAGUAGUAUAUUAUACAGCUAUUGAUCCAUAUGGAAAUUCAAAUGAAGAAUGUUCUUUUGUUAUCUCAGUUGUAUUGAAACAAUGUCCUCCUCUUGCUCCACCAAAAAAUGGGUUGUUAGUCAAAUUUAGUACUAUGUAUCAAGUUCGCUGUUCUGCUGGAACAUUUCCUGCUCAAGAACUUGGCAUGGGUGUUUAUAUUUGUAACAAUGGGGAAUGGGUUUCUAUGUCAGGCGGACCAUUUCCAAUUCCAGAUUGUAUAAGGAAAGAUCAAACCAAUGGUAAUGAACAAGAAACAAGUACAGAGUUAACUUAUGAAGGAGAUUGUCACAGUAAAGCUGUUCAAGAGCAAAUAAAAAACGAGUUUUUAAAAUCACUUUGUCUUUACUGCGAUUUUGAUUCAUUAGAAGUUUUUUGUGGAAGUGCUUCACUUGUUUUCAGAAGAAAAAGAAGUACUUUUAAAACUGUUUCCAUUAAAGCAUCAGUUCUAUUGAAGGUCUCAAAAGAAGAAAUUAGAAACAAUGCUGUUGUUGCUAAACAAAUUCUUAAAAACCAGAUUAACCAAGAGAUGCCCAAAUUUAUAAAUCGUGUCAAAAAUUUUAAAGAAUGGUCUGCCGUUUUGUUAAAACCAAGUGCAUUUAGAAGUGUUAAUUUAAUUGGCAAUGUUAAAGAAGUUUGUGGAGAUCCUGCAGAUAUUCAAGAUCUUACACAACGUUUAGAUGAACGAUGUGUUGUGUGUGGUGCAGGGACAUUUAAAAAUUUUACCUCUAACAAAUGUGAAAAAUGUCCAGAUGGUAUGUUCCAACCAAAUCCAGGUCAAACCAAAUGUCUUUCAUGUCCACCUGGUUCAAUUGCUACCGAACGAGAUUCAAAGGAUUUUACAUCUUGCAAAGAACUUUGUCUACCUGGUCAUUAUUCAAUGAAUGGAUUUUCGCCAUGUAAUCAAUGUCCCCUUGGUACUUAUACAAAUGUUUCUAGAAGCACAUCAUGUGUUAAAUGUCCUACUGGAACAACUACAUUUCAAUUUGGAGCUACAUCUGUUUUUGAUUGUGGAACUGCCUGUUUACCAGGAACUUAUUCAGCAAAUCGUGUUGAACCUUGCUUACGUUGCCCUAAAGGGCAAUAUCAAGACAAAUAUGGUCAAGUAAAGUGUGAAUGGUGUCCUGAUCUAAAAACAACGUCAUCAAUUGGAUCAGUUUCAGUUAGCAGUUGUUUAGAUAUAAAUGACUGUUCAAGUUCUCCAUGUCUUAAUGGAGGACAUUGUAUUGAUUUACGGGAUGACUUUCGUUGUGAAUGCCAAAAAGGGUUCUGGGGAGAAACUUGUGAAAAAGAAGUGGACGAGUGCCAGCUUCAACCUUGUAUUAACAAUGGAACCUGUUUGGAUAAAUUUCAAUCUUAUAAAUGCAUAUGUAGACCAGGAACUGGGGGUGACAAUUGUGGCCAGGUAUUGAAAAAAUGUACAACCAACCACUGUGGCAAAAAUGGCAGAUGCAUUGAUCUUGCUGACCAGAAAACAAAAUGUGUUUGCAAUGAUUUAUUUGUUGGAGAAUUUUGUGAAGGAAAAGUUGACCCAUGUUACCCUGACCCAUGUUCUGGUGUUGGGUUUUGUGAACCAAUUGGUAAUAAUUUUAAGUGUCAUUGUUUGAGAGGCUAUACUGGGGAAACUUGUCAGAACAAAUGGAACUUUUGUGAUUCUGGACCUUGCCAAAAUAAUGGACUUUGUCAUGAUAAGAAAACUGGAUUUGUAUGUGAAUGUGCUCCAGGAUAUCAUGGUGAACAAUGCCAACAUAAGUUUAACAUGUGUGUUUAUAAAAAAUGCCAUAAUGGUGGAGUUUGCCAAUCGAUCAGUGGCGAUAUAAAUUGCUUGUGUGCUCCAGGAUUUUCAGGAAAACAAUGCGAUAAAAGGGAGACAGAAGACUUUGAUCUAUCUUUUCAAUCAACCUUGUCACCUUCUUUCUCAUCUGUGCAUGGCAGAAAAGAUUUAUCUAGUUUUAGCAUUGCAUUUUGGAUGCGUACCUCUAAUAAAGAAAAAUUUGGUACUCCGCUUUCAUAUGCAGUUAAACUUGAAAAUGGUGUUGUGGAUGAUAAUGCGUUAGUUUUAACUGAUUAUACAAAUUUUAUUAUUUUUAUAAACAAUCAAAGUCAGAGUUUAGGAUUUGGCGCAAAUGAUGGAAAAUGGCACCACAUUGUAGUAACAUGGAGUAGUAGCUCUGGUUUACUUACUUCAUAUAAAGAUGGAGUUCUUCAAAAAAGAGGUAGUAUUCCAAUUGAACAAGGAAAGAAAAUUCCUAAAGGUGGAAUAUUCAUUAUUGGAGAAGAGCAAGAUGAGUUUGGAGCAGGGUUUACACCUGCAGAGUCUUUUUAUGGUGACCUAAGUCAGCUUAAUGUUUGGGAUUACCAAUUAGAAGAAAAAGAAGUUUACAAUAUGGCUACUAAAUGUUUUCAUGCCAUUGGAAAUGUUAUUGCAUGGAGUGACUUUAAUUCCCAAUCACAUGGGGCUGUUGUAAAAACCUCUCCAUCUUUAGCCUGCAACUACCAAAGUACACUGAGAGAAUUUCAAUAUUUAAAAAAUAUGAAGUUUGCUGAUAACAUUCUUAAAAAUGACAAACUUGCAAUCCAAAAACCAACAUUCACAUCUGAAGAAUGUUCAAAACAGUGUGCAGAGACUGCUGGAUGUCAUUCUUUUAUAAUUAAUAAAGAUAGAGGCUGCACCAUGUUAUCAGCAUCGCCGAUUAUUGAUGAAUCAGUUCCUAUAACAAGCUAUAAUGAUGAUCUUUAUUUUUCAAACUGUGUUGCUCCAUUGGGUAUGGGAGAUAAAAGAAUUCCAAAUACAGAUAUUACAGGAAUGUCAGUGAAAGGUCAAGCAUAUGGUCAUUUAGCUCGGUUGCAUAAUGUACCUGAAGGUGAUAAGAAAGUUGCUUUCUGGCAACCUUCGGCUGGUAAAAAAGAUGAACUUAUAGAAAUUAAAUUGGGGAAACUUACAAGAAUCACUGGAAUUGCCACCCAAGGGCAUUAUGAUGAAAAUAUCCAAGAGUUUGUUUCUAACUUUAAUGUUUAUUAUAAUGAUAUGAACACAUGGAAAGAAUAUCCAAAGACUUUUAAGGCUAACACAGGUCCUAUUGAUGUGGUUAGAAAUGAUUUGAAUAUUAUUACAGAUAUUGUGCGACUUAAGGUCACAAACCAAGGAAGCACUGAUUCUAUUGCAUUGCGUAUUGAAUUAUAUGGUUGUCCUUUAGAUCCUCAAGGAGUUCCAAUAAUUAGGCAAGAUGUUAAUGAUUGCAAAGCAAAUCCAUGUAAAAAUGGAGCAACAUGCAUAGACUUAUAUCAAGCUUUCUUUUGCAAAUGUCAACUAGGUUAUUCUGGUAAAAAUUGUGAAUCUUCAGACUGUUCUGUAAAUGACAUUGAUGCUCCUAUUCAUGGUCUAAUAAUAAAACAUUCUGAAUAUGCAGAAUUCAAAUGUGAAACUGGUUACCAAUUAGUUGGUAUCUCUCAAAUUAAAUGUCUUAAUGGAAUUUAUCAAGAUCAUAGAGUUCCACAAUGUGUUGAUAUUGAUGAAUGUAAACUGAAAUACUGUUCAGAUGGAUGUGAAAAUACUAUAGGAUCAUUUAAGUGUUACUGUCCUAUCGGGAAAAUUUUAGACCCUAGAAAUCAAAUGUCAUGUUAUGAUGAGAAUGAAUGCCAAAGAAAUACAGGUUGUGAGUUUGGAUGUGAUGAUUUGGUGGGAUCAUUUUCAUGUAAAUGCCCUAAAGGAUAUUUUCACCAACCAGGACAGAGAUAUUGCUAUGAUUUUAAUGAAUGUGACUCUUCAAGCACAAAUAAGUGUGAGCAACUCUGCCAAAAUACACUUGGAUCUUAUGUUUGCAGUUGUCGUCCAGGAUAUAUACUUGCACCAGAUGGGUUCUCCUGCAUAUUCCAAAAAUGUAGUGAUCUACCUGUUCAAAUAAAAAAUGGGGUUUGUAAAGUGACAAAAGACAUUGCUGUAUAUAGUUGUGAUACUGGAUACAAACUUAAUGGAGUAAAAGAAAGAUUUUGUGCUGCUGAUAAAACCUGGUCUGGAAGCGUACCAUUUUGCCAGCCGAUUAAAUGUGUGGAAAUUUUUGCUCCAGAAAAUGGACAGAUAAAGCUUGAUGGAUUUCACUUUAAUGCUAAGGCUACAGUAACAUGUAAUCCUAAUUUUAAGUUAUUUGGUUCAUCAGUAAGAUAUUGCACUGCAAAUGGUUGGGAUGGCAUGCCACCAUAUUGUUCUGUUGAAGUUUGUCCGCCAUUCUUUGUUCUAAAUGGAAGAACACUUGGUACAUCUCCAGUUGUAGGAAGUGCAGUUAGAAUUGAAUGUGACACAGGGUAUACACUUAUUCAGCAGAAUUUGUUGUAUCGAACAUGUCAAAGUAAUGGCCAAUGGACAGGUGGUAACCAAGCAUCAAUAGAAUGUAAAAUCAUAGAAUGUGGACCUGUUGAAAACACAGGAAACACUCGAUACGAAUAUGUAGGUGGACAAAAAUACAAUAAUAUUGUAAAAUACUCAUGUGUUGCUGGUCAUUGUUUGGAAGGAAGUAGUGUGCGUCGUUGUCAAGCUAAUGGAAAAUGGUCUGAUAAUGCUCCAAAAUGUAUUUCAAACUCAUGUUGCAGUCCUUAUGUUCCACCACAUUCCAAGCUUUAUUCUGACAAUAGCUUUAGUCCUGGGGAGUAUGUUUACAUUAAAUGUGAUCAAGGUUACAAGUCAAGUGGAACAGAGUUGAGAAUAUGUCAAAAAGAAUUAGUAUGGAGUGGAGAAGACACUACUUGCAACAUUGUUGACUGUGGACAUCCAACUGGUAAUCAGAUUAUGAAGAAUGGAGAAAUACAUAUGUCAAAGACGACCUAUCUUGCUCAUGCUCUAUUUUACUGUCAACCUGGUUAUUUGAUUGUUGGUUCUACUGAAAGAAUUUGUCAAGCUAAUGGCAACUGGUCAGGAAAUGUUCCUGUGUGUAUUAAGGAUGCUAAUGGUGGUCAUGUAAGAAAAGAGUCAGGUUCCUUAGUGUGUUUACAUCAAUCUAUUUGUCAUUGGCUUAUACAAGUCACUCAAGGGAAAAAAAUUACACUUGAUUUUCUCACUUAUGAUGUACAAAAUGGUGGAAAAACUGAAGUUUACGAUGGCGAAAACUUUAAAGAACCAUUUAUAACUUUCACAAAAGGAUUUGAACCGCGGAAGAUUACAUCAAACAGUCAUUUUAUACGUAUAAUAAGUUCUGGGUACAUAACCUUUAACUUUUCAGAAUCAUCUUGUGGUGGGUUAUUUGGUGAUUCAAGUGGAGCGAUUAAUUCGCCUAACUAUCCUCUGUCGUACCCGUCAAACCUUGAUUGUUAUUGGACUAUUCAUCGCCCUUACAAUAAGCUUCAGUUACUUUUCCUUGAUUUUAAACUUCAAGAGCUAAAUGUUGACUUUGUAACAGUUGCCGAAGGACCAUUUGUGAAAUCUAGUUUGCUUUUAAGUCAAAGAUACGGUAGAACUACGCCAUGGCUAAAUAAAGAUUGGGUCGAUCGUUGGUUAUGGAUUCAUUUUCACACCGAUAGUUUUUACGUAGACAAAGGAUUCAAAGCGAUCUGGAAAGUAUUUACUUCUAAUUAAUGAAUAAAUAAAUAUUAUAUAUAUAUUUUUUCCUCCUUGAAACUCAUUAUUGUUACGGACUUCUAAAUACUAAAAAAAUACAAAAGAUAUCCGUUGAAAUCUUAGAAAAAUAAAUAUUUUUGCAUUGCA